CCCACGUAUCCUUUUCUGAUCGGUCAUUUUCCAUUUCGCCACGUUGUGAAGAUGAUGCCAUUCAAGACCACCGAGGCUGGAGCUGACCCCGUCACCUGCGCCUCGACGAUCGCUGCGCUCACGCGCACCUUUUUCAUGCCGCUCUGGAAGCCCUGCUACUGGUCGUUGACCAACUCGAUGCUCCGCGUGGGCGCUACCAAGCAGGACGUCGAGCUCGGCCACCGCAUCAAGACGUACACGGUCGUUCGAGGCACCAAGUGGGACGAAAAACCCUUUGGCCUGCAGAUCGAGACCAUCGAGGCCGGCACCAUGUACGCAUGCUUGUCCACCAAGUCGCUCUGGGCAGCAUGGAUCCACGCCUUCUUGCUUCUGGACCUCAAGCGCGGUCUGCACCGAAGUCUCUCGGAGAUCCCGCUGCCGUCCAACCACCAGGAACCCGUGUUGGAUCAAAAGCGACGCGUUUCGUUCGCCGGUUUUGUGCAAGUGCGCGAGAUUCCCGCGCUCUCGGACGACGAAUCCGACGAGCUCUUUUACAACAAGUCGGAGCUCCUUGCCUUCAAAAUCAUGGCGACGCAGCUGCGCACGAGCUUUGCCAGCGUGCACUACUGAGCUGCAGCCGUCGAACCUAUGUGUACCAUUAGAACUAACUUAUUGAGUAUCUUGACAUGCAAAAUAAAAUCAAGGGAUGGG